AUGAGUGUCGUCUACGAGCCGCGAAACUUUAUCCACGACGGGGCCUACCCGCACAUCGACGAUCAGGACCAAUCUCACGAUCCUACCAACGAUGCCGAUCGCUUCACCGAUCCUACUACCGAGGCUGUUGUCAACGAGUUGGCAUCCGUCGCGACUUUCACGAACCCUGCCCCUCCCCCGCAGCUCGUCGACGAGCCCGAGCCCCGCUUCGAACUGACCGUCGCAACCACUGCGCCCCCAACCACAACUGCCACGACUACCGCUGCUGCUGCUGCUGCUGCUGCUGCUGUUGCUGCUGCUGCUGCUGCUGCUGCCGCUGCUGCUACGGCGCCUGUCGCGGCUCCCGCCCAAGCGCCUAUCAAUACUGCUCCUGCGCCGCCGAAAGAGAACCCUGCUCCCGCCCCGGCGUCUCAGCGCAUCAAACCGAUUCCUAAGCCCGAGAGAGAGGUAACCAGAAAUGAGAAUGGAAAAUUUGUCUGCACAUAUCCAAACUGCACCGAGGACUGCAAGGAGUUUGGUCGCAAAUGCGAGUGGAACAAACACAUGGACAAGCACGACCGACCCUACAAGUGCGCCGCCGAAGGCUGCGAGAAACUUCCCGGCUUUACCUACUCCGGCGGCCUUCUACGACACGAGCGCGAGGUGCACGGUAAGCAUGGCGGCCCCAAGAACUCAUACUUCUGCCCUCACCCGACCUGCAAGCGCCACACCGGAAAGGGCUUCUCGCGCCAGGAGAACCUGAAUGAGCAUUUGCGUCGCGUACACACCUCUGUCGCCCCACCGGCCGUCUCUCCGAACGGCAGCAACACAGUCACCAACGGCAACGGUUCCUCGACAGCCAACCUCCAUCUCGAUGGCCACGCCGCCCACCAAGAGCGGCACCACCCCGUGCAGCAGGCCUCUUCCCAGCUGGCCGGCCAAAAGCGCAAACGUGACGACAGUGAGGUAAUCGCCGAGCUCAAGAAGGAGGUUAAUCGUCUCAGCAUGGAGAAUGAGGAGCUCCGCCGCCGCCUCGAGCAUAACCAGCGCCAGAACAUGCACAUGAUGCAGCAGAUCGAGCAGCUGCAGCAAGCACUCGAGGCCCGCGCUAUUGCCGAGGCGGCCGCUGCUGCGGCCGCUGCUGUUGCUGCUCAUUCUGCGGCUGCCCCCCAGAAUUCCGCCCCGCCGGCUCCUCAGGCUCAGCCUACAACUCCAGCUGCUACUCCUGCACAGCCUCCUCCUACUCCUAGCACUCCGGCUGCGGCAGCUCAAGCUCCCGUUGUGCCGGCUACGGCUAACACUACUGUGGCUACUGCUCCCACGGCGCCCGCUGUGAACCCUGCUGGUACUCCCGGGUCGGCGGCGACGCCUCUCAUCUAG